AUGCCCUUUGUGUUUUUCUUUUCAGUGGUGAUAAUGAGUAUAUUCAGUAAAGACAUGCAUACAUUUUGAUAACAAUAUUCAGUCAUUUAAAGAGGAGCAAAGCAGUGAGGAGAGAAGAGAAGUGUUAGUAGUAGUUGUCUGCAGCCUGGCUGGUGUUGUUCAGAGAGGUAAGGGGGUGUGUCUGUGUCCCAUACGGGUCUCUGCCUUCAAGAGGCUGAGCAGAGGCGGGAAAUGGCGCCUGGUAACAUAACGAUCUGUCGUUUCGGAGAGACGGCCCUUGACUAACUAGAUAGAUAGAUAUAUAUAUACACAGAAGAGAAGUCAGAUCAGAUCACGAAAACAACCCGCUGCCUCCUCCGGUGUGAUGGCCAAUCAUCGGUGUUGAGUCGCUCUCAGCCAGACACUGCGGAUCACUGUAAAACAACCUUACAUGUGACUGCUAAAACAAUGAGGCUGAGAAUGCGUAAGGCGUCUCAGCAGCCGAACCCCAGUCUGGCAAGCCGCCCAUCCCGUACCAAGCGGCGGCAUUCAGAAGUAGAAGAGGACACGCCCACUAGUGGAGGGAGGGGCUUGUUCUCCACCAUCAAGAAGUUCAUCAGAGGAAAUGCUGUCAAGGUGCAGCAAGAGAGCCCAGCCAAGAAGACACGCCUCCACUGUGAUGUGGACAACAACCUGAUCACCUCUACAACCCCGAAAACCAACACCCCCCGCAGGACUAUCAGCAGGGUUGGCAGGAGAGGCUCCCUCAAUGGACAGGCAACCAAUCAUGACAGGAGUAAGGAGAAGCCCAAUGGCAGUCUGGAGGAGACAACGGACGUUGAGUUGCCCACCAGCCCUCCCAGAACCACCCUUCUUGGGACCAUCUUCUCCCCCGUUUUCAACUUCUUCUCACCAGCUAAAACUGUCUCCUCUGGCUCAGACUCUCCAGACCAGUCAUUGGAGGCAGAGGAGAUAGUAAAGCAGGUGGACAUAGAGCAAGUCGUGGAGACUCCCACUAGCACAGCUACAUCCACACAGGAACUGUGUGCCACCACUAACUUCUACUCUAGUGUAUCACAGCUACCACCUAUACGACCUCCCCACAUCCCUGAGGUAUCUCCCACAGCGAGGGAGGGAGAGCUCUGUGCUGAUGCUGACCUUCCACCCCUCACAGUGGUCCAAGCUCCAGGCUCCAGUCCAGAUAUGACAUAUGUGGACGCUCCUCCCCCCGCAGUACCACAAGAGGGAACCUAUGAGGAAGACUGGGAAGUCUUUGACCCGUAUUUCUUCAUCAAGCACGUUCCUCCACUGACAGAAGAGCAGCUCACUCGUAAGCCAGCGUUGCCACUGAAGACUCGCAGCACGCCUGAAUUCUCUUUGGUCCUAGACCUGGAUGAAACGUUGGUUCACUGCAGUUUAAAUGAGUUGGAGGACGCAGCACUUACCUUCCCUGUCCUCUUUCAAGAUGUCAUUUACCAGGUGUAUGUGCGCCUGAGGCCGUUCUUUAGAGAGUUUCUGGAACGCAUGUCUCAAAUCUAUGAGAUCAUCCUUUUUACGGCCUCUAAAAAGGUGUAUGCAGACAAACUGCUCAACAUCUUGGAUCCGAAAAAGCAGCUAGUGAGACACAGGUUGUUUCGUGAGCAUUGUGUCUGUGUCCAGGGAAACUACAUCAAGGACCUCAACAUCUUGGGCAGAGACCUGUCAAAGACCAUCAUCAUUGACAAUUCACCGCAAGCCUUUGCAUAUCAGUUGUCCAAUGGGAUUCCCAUAGAGAGCUGGUUCAUGGACAAGAAUGACAAUGAGCUGCUCAAGCUGGUUCCCUUCCUGGAGAAGCUGGUUGAGAUGAAUGAGGAUGUGCGGCCGCACGUUCGGGAGCGGUUCCGGCUUCACGACUUGUUGCCCCCUGAUUGAACUUGACCACAGUCUCUCGGAACGGGACAACAUGAAAAGACUGACAACAACAUGCGUGUAAAAAGCCCCUCUUUGGAUUACAAACUACAACAUUGCCAUUACUGUUAAAAAUUUUAGCUUUUUUUCAUUUUUUGUUUUUGUUUUUAAAUCCACCGUUGCUUUUUAAAAAAAAAAAACUUGGAAAGAAAAACAUUUUUAAAGAACUGGGCGAAAUUUUCUAAAUCUCUAAAUGUAUAGAUGAAAUUACACACGCUAUGAACAAGCCCAGGUAAACUCCUCUUUUUGACUGACUCUCCAGCUGUGGAGCCGGAUAUCUCCUCCACAUUAAAUUCUGAAGUCUUGGUGCUGGUUGAGUGGAUAUAAAAACACCGCCUGGUAAAGAGGAACUCCACCCCGACAGAGUCCCUGAACCCGAACCAACUCCUGGUGCUCACGCUGUUGACGCUGACGAAUAACCACACUCUGUGGCUACAGACCAUUUUCAGCAGGAAUGACUGGCCUGUUAAUCAACCUGUGUAUGUUUACUCCCAGCCACACACACACACACACACACACUGAUUUGGUGUUUGGCAAACCUACAAUCUGUAGCCUUUAAAAAUCAUAUGCAUUCCUCCGUAGCUGAGUCAAGUUUCUAUUGUUGGUUGCAGUUUUUUUUUUUCUGGUAAAACUGGUGUUUCAUUGUUUAAAAAAAAAAAAAAAAGAUAGCGUUUCAAAAUGUUUUACUUCUGUUUGUAAGAUAUGAUGUUUUAAAAGGGGUCGUGUAUGUUUUUAUUGUAAGCCUUUUUUCCUAUCAGGAGAACAUGGGUGCAUAUUAAUGAUGACAGUCCACCGCAUAGUCAAACGAAAUGGAAUUAAUCCAGGACUUUAAGUAUAGUUUGUUCUAACAAAUAGAGGGUUAAAUCGACAACAUGGCUCCUUAAUUAAAUGUUAGGAUUUAAGAAUCUCCUUACCUGUAAAUCUGACACGUCGUGACGGUUUGAGGGCAUUCAUUUUCAAAGUGAUAUGUGUCAACGUUGACCUUUCUUUUAAUAAUAGUAUUUGAUUUGUCUAUAAUCAGUAUUGUCUUUUACUCCUAAUCAAGUAUUAUGGCUAAAAUCCGUUUCUUUUAGUUGUAAUUUGAUGGCAGUAGCAUUAUGACUAAUGUAGCACAUCUCUGCCAGACCCUGUACCAGCCACAUCUGGCACCAGCAACAUACUGUUUAACAGUCAGCUUCUCUGACGGCUCCUCUACCUGUUUCAUACUUUUUACUUUGUACUUUUAAGCUUUUUUUUUUUUAUGUUUAGUGCAGUUUAAAGCAUUGUGUUUAAGAAUGGUAACUAUAUGAAUGUGUUUCUGCCCGACAUCAGCCUGGACACUCGAGCCAAACUGACAUUUUACUCUGUUGUUUCUACUUAAUUUAUUUAAUAGUGAGACAAACAGUAGGCAGAAAUGUAGAUGUUUUAUAGGCAUCCUUUUACAAGGCCUAAACCUGGGAGGUAAAAGCUCAAAUGCCUGACUUGUCUUCUGUCAUCGCCCAAACAAACCCUCAAAGAGUUGACUUGAAUCUCUGUGACAAUUUGGCAUGCGUUGUUGAACCUUUUUUCUGUUCGGUUUGAAGCAAAGUGCAUUUUAUGUUGACGCAAAUGUGUUUGGAUUUGUCUCGGUUGCCUGUACAGUGCCAUACGUUCCCCUCCUUAGACCCCGUUUCCUGCGCUCUCGCCCCCAAAAUGCUUAGAUGGAAAGAGACAAUCAGACCUCAAAGCUCUGCAGAUACUGAACCCUGGAGACACCCAGCCUUCCUCUAUUUUUUUGGUGUGCUGUAAGUGUUUGUGUACUGUGAUUCCAUUUGGUUUUAACCCCCCCGCCCUCUCCCCCGCCCCUUAAUUAAGUAAAUUUGCCAGGUGAGUCCUGCUGUGCCCUGCCCCCAAACUAUCCCUGCUGCUCACAUUAACGCAGGUUCUGCUCAGAGAUGGUUUCCAUCUGUUCAGCGCCCGCCUGUCUUUGCCUUUUUCUUUUUUUUUCACCAGAAGUUAGUAGCUCUCCAGAAAUUAGUUCAAGAAAAAUUGUUACAGGGGCACAAUGUUUGCUCGGACGUAAUGUUAUGAGCUCACAUGUCCAGACUAUGAAUGUAAAUUGUACAUGGGGGUGAAGUCUUGAGUGUCUUUCCGAAUUCCUUGUUUUGUUCGCUCCUCAUCAACGAGCAAAAAGAUGAAGGAUGGCAGCUCGUUAUCUGCCGUUCAGUCGUUGAAGAGGACGCUUGAACAAUGUGCACGGAAGAGGAAACAUGUCUUGAGGUCCAACCAUGGUAAACCCCUACCCAACCCCCCAGCCCCCAUGACCUCUCACCAUCCUGACCGCCAUCUGCCAGUAUGCAAGCCUCACCUGGAGCGUGCGAUGUAGCCCAGGUGUGCUCGUCCCCUCAGUGUGAUCAUGUGUAACUCAGUCCUGGCUUGUUUCUGAAGGAUCUGUGGGAGGCAUUUGAUAUCCAGAGCUCAUUUUUAUGUGCAUUUCCAGUUUAUUGUACACUGAGUGUUGUACAAUACAUGCAGCUUCAUGUUUAAAAAAAAAUCCUUAAAGUAAGGAAAAUCUUUUUGAAUUUUUGAUUUCAAAAGGCAUGUCAUAUAUACUUUUUAAAUGUAUUAAUGAAGAUUUAACUUUACAUCAGAUGGAGUGUUUUUUUGUUUUUUUUCUUACAAAUAUCUGUAUGUUUAGUUUAGCGCAAUGUCACUGAACUGUUAAACUUAGCAUGUAGAGAAUACCGCUUGCUUUGUGGGAAAGUCCUGAAUUAAAUUUUAAUCAUGGCACUUUUUCUGCAGAAAAGAGCAAUCGUGUUAAUGAUUUUUUUUCCCCCUCCGAUAUCCGUUAAGCCAUUUUACUUGCAAGAAUUGCUAUUUGUGCUGAAGAUGUAUUUAAAAUGUUUUAAGACAUCUUUUGUUAGCCUUCUGGCUAUAUGCUAUUGUAAAGUGUAUAUACAGUUACAUUGAAUUUCUGAAACAAAGUUUUAAAGUUAAAAA